CACGCUUUCCACCGUUCGCAGUGACGGCUACCAACAUUUGGAAAAGAAGACAAAAAUUAAAGGAAAAAAAAAAGAACCCAAAACACAGCAGACAACAGAGCCAAAAUACAACAAAGCACACACAUAAAAAGAAAAACCGGUGGAGAAAAUCUUCCCUCAAAUCUAUUAUCUUUCUAUAGAUCUUGAGGGAGAGGAUACAGUGUUGGGAUCUAUCUAAAAAAAGGUUUUUGAUAUUUUGGGGUUUUAGGGAGUUUCAGAAAUGGCAACUCCUUAUCCCAUUCGAGUUACUGCUGCUCAGGUGGGAACAUAUUUUGUGGGGCAGUACUAUCAGUUACUUCAACACCAGCCAGACUUAGUGCACCAGUUUUAUAGUGAUUCCAGUACCAUGGUUCGUGUGGAUGGCAGUAACAGAGAAACUGCCGCUGCAAUGCUGCAAAUCCAUGCUCUCAUUAUGUCGCUCAACUUCACCGGGGUUGAGAUCAAGUCUGCAUAUUCCCUUGAAUCUUGGAAUGGAGGUGUUCUAGUGAUGGUUUCUGGUUCUGUGCAAGUAAAGGAUUUCAGUUCCAGAAGGAAAUUUGUGCAAACGUUUUUCCUUGCACCGCAAGAGAAAGGCUAUUUUGUUCUAAAUGACAUCUUUCACUUUAUUGAUGAGGAACAAAUUUACCACCAUCCAACAAUCCUAUUAGCCCAGCACAAUCUUGAUCCUAAACUCAACGUUUCAGCAACAAUUCCUGAACCAGUACCAAGCUAUUUGCUGGGCGGAGAUAUCCAGAGACGGGAGUUUGUGGCUCCUGUUGAUGUCAAAGAAAAUGGUCCGGUUGACAAGUAUAGUUUCCCAGAGCAACAAUUAAAGCAAGCUCCAGAGUCUGAAAUUUUUGUGGAGAACAGUUCUGUUCAAGAGUCCAAUGGUUCACUUCUCCAUAUGGUGAAUACUGUCCUAGAGCAUGUGCCUUCUUCUGUUGAGGAGCCUGUUGGAGAACCCCAAAAGCACACCUAUGCCUCUAUUUUACGGGUUGCUAAAGGACAAUCUGCACCUUCAGUUGCUCCUCAGGUUUCUGUUAACAAGAACAUACCACCUGUUUCCGACUGGGACCAUGCUCCCCAGCACUCUGCUCAGCAAUCUUUUGUCUCAAAUGCAGUUGAAAUGUCUGGGGCUGAUAUGGUUGAUGAAGUUUCAGCGAUAGAAGAUGAAGGUGAAAUAAAAUCUGUUUAUGUAAGGAACUUGCCCUCUACUGUGUCUGAGUCUGAAAUUGAGGAGGAAUUCAAAAAAUUUGGUGAAAUCAGUCCUGAUGGAGUGGUGAUUCGUAGUCGCAAGGAUGUUGGCGUUUGUUAUGCAUUUGUUGAAUUUGAAGAUAUGACAAGUGUCCAUAAUGCUGUCAAGGCAGGAACUGCACAGGUUGCUGGACGACAAGUGUACAUCGAAGAGCGGAGACCAAACAGCUAUAUCCCAUCUCGAGGAAGAAGGAGGGGUAGAGGCCGAGGCAGCUAUCAAACAGAAGCUCCAAGGGGCCGUUUUGGUGCUCGAAGUUAUGGCAGGGGCGGUGCCUAUGAUGGAAGUGAGCGAGACUACAAUAGAUUGAGAGGAAAUGGUUUCUACAGGCCAACUCCUCGCCAAGAUAGAGGGUCAUCUGGCCAAGUAUCUAGAAUUGGACAAAGUUCAUAGAGUCAGAUCUUUAAUCUUCUAUAAAGGGAUCAAACUUUUGGUUCCAGUCACCACAAUUCAGCAGAUUUACCUUUCGUUGGAUUCAACAACAAUAUAUCAGGUGUUUUCAUUUGAUAGUUUACUUAGAUGUGUUUGGAAUAGGGAAUUGCAUUAUUUUUGGAAAGGGCUUCCAUCAUACUUAAUUUAUUCUUUCAAUAUUUAGUACAAAACUCAUUGCUUUUUACUUAGGCCUGCCUCAAAAGUUUGAUCUAUUUAUUCAAUCUAAAGAAAACAAGCCCCAUUUCUUCCUUUAAGAUGAUGUUCCCGCUUGAUCAAAAGCUUUAUCUUUUUGUUUUUUUGGCCAAAAUAAUUGGUCCAGUUUACACUGUUAAGUUACUAUUAUGUAUUUAUCUGAUCAAUGAUUUCAUUAAAGAUAUAUUGUAAAGCUCAAUUGUUUAAAUGAAGAGUAAUUCCUUGUUGAAAACAAUUUUUUAUUUUAUUUUUUAAAAUCAUAGUAUGUAGAAAAAGAAAAUUGCAGAUGUUAAAAUUUAAAUUUCAUAUUUAUUGUAUACCACUUCUUAAGUGUGAUAUACGAUUGUAUGAACCCACUUUUUAAGUAUGAUUGUAUGUUUAAGUUUUGAUUCUGAAUUUCUUUGAUUAAUAAUAGAAACUAGCCUAAUUUGUCCUAUUAGGCUAUUACAGAUGAUUAUUACAUUGCAUCUUAAAAAAAUACCCAUAACUAACAGAAAGUAACUGUUGCUAAAAUAGUGAAAGUUUGCAAAAGAAAAGAAAAAGAAACAUAAAUAUUUGUUAUAUUUACGUUGUCUGUCAGUUGACACAAACAUUGGAGUUUGGAAAAGUGAUCUAGUAUCUAAUAUUUUCAGCUUUUGAAUGAAGCAUCAUAAUGUAGACAAACCUCCAUUCUGAAGAGAAACCUGAGUUUGGUCUUGCUUUGUGUUAUCAUCUUCUUCUGUUUCCCACAGGAAGCUGGCAUAUGCUGCAAGAACAUGGCUGUAAAAUACAAAACAGUAGGAUAAGAAUUUAUCAGGAGUAGCUUCAACUGCUCGCUCAAAGUAAUGUGAGGCUUUAUCAUGGUCAUGGUGAAGA